AUGGCAAUUAAGGUUAAGCCUGAUGAAAUUACAGUCGCUAGCAUACUCUCUACUUGUGCACAUUUAGGUACACUUGAUAUGGGUAAGGUAGUGCAUGAUUACGUUCGUCAGCAUGGCAUUAAAAUGGAUAUUUACGUAGGGAACACUUUGGUGGAUAUGUACUGCAAAUGUGGAUCUGUUAACACAACCUUGGAAGUAUUCUUUAGCAUGAACAGAAAGGACACUAUUUCUUGGACUUCGAUAAUCUCGGGCCUUGCAGUGAAUGGUUUUCAUGACAAUACUCUUCAGCUGUUCUCCCAGAUGUUAGAACGUUGUAAGCCAACUCAUGGUACUUUUAUCGGCGUACUACUUGCUUGUGCUCAUGCAGGUUUGGUGGAUAAAGGUUUGGAAUACUUCGAUAGUAUGGAAAAACAUCAUGGAUUGGUGCCAGAAAUGAAGCAUUAUGGUUGUGUUGUUGAUUUGUUGUGCCGCUCUGGUAAUUUAAAUAGAGCAUUUGAGUUUAUAAAUCUUAUGCCUACGGCUGCCGAUGUGGUUUUGUGGAGAAUGUUGCUUAGUGCUUGUAAACUUCAUGGUAAUGUGGUUCUUGCUGAAAUUGCUGCCAACAAACUUCUUCAAUUAGAUCCUGAUAAUGGUGGUAAUUGUGUUCUGUCAUCGAGCACUUAUGCGACUGCAGAGAGGUGGGAUGAUGCAAUGAAAAUAAGGCAAUUGAUGAAUGAUGGUGCAGUACAAAGGCCGUUAGGAUGGAGUUCAAUUGAAGUAAAUGCGAUCGUCUAG